CCAGGGCGAAAUGGCUAUCCGGGUCCGAUUGGUAUGGAUGGAAAGCUGGGUCAGCCUGGUCCUCAAGGCCCUCCUGGUCCAAAAGGCGAGAAGGGAGAUCAAGGUGAUCAGGGCCCUCGGGGUCUGCCAGGCUUCCCCACAGUCGCUGCUCUGCACAGUAAUCAGAUCCUCACCGUCAAGGGGGACCAAGGACAAGCUGGACCCCCUGGACCUCCAGGGCCACCAGGACCCAGAGGUCCCCCAGGAGAUACUGGGAAAGAUGGUCCUCGAGGGAUGCCUGGCAUUCCGGGUGAGCCAGGAAAGCCAGGUGAACAAGGGUUGGCAGGACCUCAAGGGCCUCCAGGACAAAAGGGUUCUGUUGGAGUGCCUGGUGUUCCUGGGAAAGAUGGACAAAUGGGAGAACCUGGUUUGCCUGGCAUAGCGGGGGAGAAGGGAGCAGCGGGGCUUAAGGGUGACCCUGGAGAAAGAGGAGAAAAGGGUGAUGCUGGAGAAAAUGGACCAAAGGGUGACACAGGAGAAAAGGGUGACCCUGGUUCAUCUGCUGCAGGAAUUAAGGGUGAACCUGGUGAAUCAGGACGGCCCGGACAAAAGGGUGAACCAGGUCUUCCUGGGCUUCCUGGACUCCCUGGGAUAAAGGGUGAACCAGGCUUCAUUGGUCCACAGGGAGAACCCGGGCUGCCAGGGUUACCAGGAACAAAGGGUGACAGAGGAGAGGCAGGCCCUCCUGGGAAGGGUGAGCGAGGUGAAACUGGACUUCCAGGACCAAAGGGGAGAACAGGUGAACCUGGAUCUAGAGGCCCCAAAGGGUCAAAGGGUGAUACAGGUGACAGAGGUGACACAGGAUCUGCAGGUCCACGGGGGCCACCUGGACAGAAGGGUGAUCAAGGUGCUACAGAGAUAAUUGAUUAUAAUGGCAAUAUUCAUGAAGCUCUACAGAGGAUUGCCACCCUCACUGUCACGGGACCACCAGGACCACCGGGACCUCAAGGGCUGCAAGGUCCAAAGGGUGAACCAGGAUCCCCAGGAAUUCCUGGAGUUGAUGGGGAACAGGGUCCUAAAGGACUAAAAGGAGAUAUGGGUGAACCUGGAAUGCAUGGAGAAAAGGGAGGAAUUGGACUACCUGGAUUGCCAGGAGCCAAUGGCAUGAAGGGUGAAAAAGGAGAUGCUGGUUUGCCUGGUGCCCAAGGCCCUUCGAUCAUAGGACCUCCUGGACCUCCAGGGCCACAUGGUCCUCCGGGCCCUAUGGGACCUCAUGGCUUGCCUGGCCCAAAGGGUGAACCAGGGUUAAAUGGUCUUAAAGGAUUGAAGGGUGAACAAGGUCAAAAGGGUGACAGAGGGCCCCUUGGUCUUCCACACCACUUACUAAUCUCACGUUCUUGUCACCCGUGUCGUACCCAUCAUCCAUGCUUCCACCUAACCACACAGGGAGCAUCUGGCUUAGACGGAAAGCCAGGACCCCGGGGUAUAGAUGGCCCAGUUGGUCCCCAUGGCCCUGCAGGCCCUAAAGGAGACAGAGGUGAAAAGGGAACUGUAGGUGACCCUGGACCCAGAGGACCCUAUGGCUUGCCUGGCAAGGAUGGCGAGCCUGGCCUUGAUGGUUUCCCUGGUCCUCGAGGAGAAAAGGGUGAAAUAGGAGAAAAGGGAGAAAAGGGGGAAAAGGGAAAGAAAGGCAAAAAGGGGCCUAAAGGGGAGAAAGGAGAACAGGGUGCUCCUGGAUUAGAUGCACCUUGCCCAUUGGGUCCUGAUGGAUUACCAAUGCCUGGCUGUUGGCAAAAGGGAGUCACACCAUGGCUUAUUGCUAAAAAGAGAUAAAGCAGAGGAGGAUAGAAAGAGGCCUUGAAUUUUUGGGGAACAAAGUUCCGGCUGCAGGUGGAUGGCCUCCAGUCUUGUGGGUCCCGCCUGUCAAUCAGCAUCAGUUUGCCUAGCACUGCUCACAGUCAUGAAGACAUUCGCGAUAGGCCCUGUUGAGUGCUUAAUCAAGGAGGAGGGAAGGUUGAAGAAGAAACCAGGCUUCUCUGUGGGUUGUUUGGAAAGGCUACAGAGAUGCUGCGGGGAUCGCCUGAGACCAGAAGCUUCUCAGCCUUACUCAAGAAUUGGCACAGUCUGUGCUGUGUUUGUUGUAUUUGGGGACUGCUGAAGGAAGAAGCAUCCUUGAGACAGGGACGAAUCGAAACACCCUCCCUGGGAGGGUAAUAGAACUGACCAGAUCCGUGCGUACCAUGGUGUGGUUUUCAGGUGAUGCAAUUUAAAUGACAUGAAACUAGCUGAACUUCUCUGCAGAAUUUUGGAAGCUAUGGUUAGUUUUCCUGUAACGGUUGCCAUGAAGGACACAUUUCAAUAAUCUAUUCAACAUUUGUGGUAUUGGCGUUGAUGGAAAUACUUCAAGUUGCACAUUCAUCUUGUUUCAGUAUUAACCAUCUUUUUUUCUUUACAAUCUUUAAAACCUUUAAAUGUAAGAAAGAAAAGAGUUUAUUUUUGUUUCACAGGCUUACUUACUCACCUCGUUCUUUUUCUGCUGUUUUGAUGACCUUAGUGGACAUUGUCACCCAUAAAACAUUGGAGAGAAAUAAGUCUGUGAUGACUGCUGCACAUGUCAUCAUACCGCACUGUUCCAGCUGUGGUUAUUUCUCCCCUUCUGUUCAGGUGAUGAAGUUUCUUGAGGUACAUUGGAAAAAUUUUCCUUCUCUGUUUUUUUAUUAUUAUUAUUACUAGAAAUACUUAAUUCAUGCACAUCUGUAUAGUUUUUGCCUCAAGGUUUUUCUUUUCCAGUUUUGAGUCUUCAUAUGGUGCACUGUAGUUGGAGAGAUUAGUCUGAGAGAUGGUGCCAUAUUUGACAGAUGGAAAUUCUUUUUUAAAUCACUUCAGUUUCUAGUAGAUAGUAGGAUGUUCACAAACUUUUUAAGUUACUUUUCUGAGCGUUGUCUUUCAUAUGUAGACCAAAACUAAAAUCGAGGAAGGCAGGCUGUCUCCAUCCAUGUGUGGGCAUCUUGCCCUCUUGGAAUACACAUUUUUUCUUGCUCAGUCAUUUCAAAGUUGUGAAGAUGGGGACCUGCUGUAGUUGCACUUUUCGUACGCCUUUUCAGUAUCAGAUCGAUAUAUAGCCACUCUAAUGCUAUCUUUCACUCUGCUAAAAAUUUAUUGCCAUCUUGGUGUAUCAGAGACAAGAACAGAUUUUCUUGGGGGUAGAAAUCUUUCACAGAUUUUUUUUUUUUUUUUUAAGAAAGAUUAUUUUAGUGGCCUCUAUCUAAUACUACCUUACUAACAACGAAAGUCCACAUUAUUUGUGUGUAUAUAUAUACAUAAUAUAAUAUAUAUAUUUACGGCUCAAUCCCAUCUUUCCAACAGUAAGAUAUAAACAAAUGUUCACAUAUAUGAGGAAAAAUAUGUUUAUUUGCUUAAAUUCUCAGAAAUGCAAGUAUGAAUCUAUUUGAAUAAUUACAUUUACAAUAAUAAAAGCCUUUACGUGUCAUAGAUUCAUGUUAACAGAGUGCUACAGCACUAAUGUGAGCAAGGGACUUCCCACAAAGGGGACAAGAGGAGCAUCAUGUAUAAAUCAUGAAUGAUUUAGUCGCCAGAUUGCUUCUGUUUGCUUAAGAAGUGCUGCCCAAAAAAGCAGUGUUGAGGAGCAAGCUGCUCUCCUGACAAGAAGCAGCUUCUUAUGCGUAUGCUCUGACUUGGCAUGGUUUGGCUACCCAUAUUACAGAUGUGAAGACAAGCAGUUGCAUGUUUUUAUAAAAGAUCAAAUACUGGCAAUCAGAUUUAUUCAUAUUUGAAAGGUCCCUCUGAGUAUUCAAAUGGAAAAUAAAGUGGGAAGUUUAUUAUUUGGCUAGACAUCAUUUGGCAAUGCCAUAUUGAGAGUGUCUACAAACACAACGUACUUAUUUUAAGAAAUAGCAACAGAACGAGCUAUGCAUUUGCAUGCUGUCAUUAGCACUUUGAUAGUUUUUAAAUUUGUAUAUCUAUAUUUUUAAACUGUCCUGAUGGCAUCCAUUUCUAUAUGCAUCAAUAAAGCCAGCAGAACUUUGGUUCACAGUUUCUUCAUUCAGGAAAGCAGUUUUAUAGAUUCUACUGUUAAUUAUUAGUCAAAACACAUUUCUCCUCAAACUCCCCGACAGUGAGACCCCACUGAUGAAACACUUAAGCACCUUUACUCACUUUCUUUUCUGUCUUGCAAAAUGAUUUAUUUCUUUAACUCCUGCCACAUAAGAAUAAGGAAUACCAUUGUGGUUUUUCUGGUUGUUAUUUUGUUUUUGGUUUUGUUUUUGUUUUUUUUCAGAUAGUCUAAUUUAACUUUUUAAAGCCUACUGUUCAUUUUCAUGGAAAGUUCAUUCCACAUAAAAGACCAUGGUGAAUAGCAGAGAAUUUCACAGGUUAAACUACAUAGAUUUGAUGCUAAGAUUUGCAUAAAAUGUUUCAUCUUGUAAGAUUUACUGGAAAAUGAAACCUGACAAUAUCUAGAAAAGUUGUGUUCAGUACAAAAAAAAAAAAAAAAAGGGGAGCUCAGUUUAAUAUUUCAUCAAGAGAAGCACCCUGUGAAGACUUGCAACAUGUUUAUUUUCUAAAAAGCAAUUGCUUUUGGUGCUAGUAUAUCUUUUUUUCUUUUCAGGGCAAAGCUGCGGCUUGAACCACCUUGUGUGUUAUAUCUUUUAGUGGCAUUCCUCCAAAUAGAUAAUUAUUUGAUUUGCUUAGUUUGGGACAGGAGCAGUAGUUCCUCUACCACUCUUUUCAGUUGUAGAAAUGUGUAGCGGUGUUAGUCUACAGCAUUUCUAUACCCCUGACCUUUUCAGGUAUGAUUAGUUCCUUUUUCUUUGAGAGUUUUCAGUAAUUGUUUCAGAUGAAGUUUUGUAAGUAUCUGUUACUCAAGUGUAGCAUAACCACAUUGUGCAGAAAUCCUGCUACAGAAGCAGGAAGUCUUUUUAAGCACUGUAUGAAAUAUGUCUGACAUUGGUCCUUGUCUUCAUAUUCAUCGGUUAGUACGUGGAACCUUUUUCAGGAUGUUUUGGACACUUUUUUAUUUUUCCUCAGUUAAAGUGUGAAAUUUUAACUCAUGGAACAAAUAUACAAUGUAUUUUUGAUCUAUAUUUUUUAUUUAUUGCUGAUUUUGAUGUCACCUUCUGGUAUUGUAUCAAGGCAGAAUGACGCUCUUCAUCCAGCUGUUUAGAUAUUCUUUUUGUCUACCGUUUAAGUAUUAUGAACGAGUUGCAGAAUAAUCAAAUGCAUACUUGUCAAGUAUUCUCAUGGAAAUACUUGGAUUAGUCACGUACAGUGUGGCAAGAUAGCUUUGGAUCCGUUAAGGGUUAGUUGUAGAAGCAUGCAUGUGGGCAUUUGUUACUCAGUUGUGCCAAUGGAAAAGAUGAUGCAACACCAAUGGAAAGAAGCGGUCCUUAUGGGAAGGUUGUGUAAGGCUGGGGGCUGUGUCAGGACCCUGGACCCAGCCAGCAUUUAGAGUUGCACUGACUGUUGCACAGCUGGAAUUUUACACCGGGGCUCAGCCGUGCAAGGUUCUUCACUUGGCUGUGCUUCGCUUUCGCUAGCACCAGACCAAGGAGAGUGACCCAUCCUUCCCUUGCAAAGAAUGUAUUGUGUAGUAACAAGGGGAAUAUUAGCAACUUCAGGUGAUUUUUAAGCACUGCUGGCUGCAUAAAUCAGGCAAAACACUUUGCUCACUACUGUCAGUAAAAGCUGGGGAUCCACUCCCGAAUGUGAUCAAGACGCUAAAAGACACACAGUAGUUGACUUUCGAGUUUCCUUUUUUCUGCUACUUAACCACCUUAAAUUUCAUUUGCAAAUCUCUGUAUUUUACCUAGAGACCUAAAUUUUCACACUGAAGAGUGAUACAAAUCACUAAUAUCUGCAACAACAGUGGUCAAAAGAAAGUCGGAUUUUUAGUCAUAGCAAAAUAAUAUUCCAUUUCAGUGACCAGGAUCAUGACAAACACCUGGCUUAUUCAUUUUUUUCCCUUUCUGCAACUUUUAUGAAUCUGAAUGUUGCUGUAAUGUGUAAAUGAAGGUUUUCUUGCAUCUUCUGUAAUUGAAGUAUUUUACAUGGUGGUUGGAGUCAUUAAAUGAUGUUGGAAACAAGUGCCUGCCACCAUCAUUUCUGAUAGAAUUUGAGAGCGAUACUCCACAAAACCAGUGGAGUUUGUAUUAUAAAAAAAAAAAAAAAAAAAAAAAAAAGGAGUUGGAGUGUUGUUUUAUUUUUGUUCUACUUAAGAUGCAUCCAGUUAUCAGUGCUGCUUGGAAAUAGAAUUUUCUUUGGAAAACAGGGGGCCUUAACUUAACCUGGGACCGUUAGUGUUUUACUUGUUUCUAUUUAAAAAGGACACUGUAUGAAUUUCCCAGAUACCAUUGGUACUUGCACACUUCUCAGAAGUAUUAUGAAGAGCUGGGCUGGUGGAAGGAUGUUUUACAUAUUGUUAACAUAUAUGUGGAUAUUCUUAUAUUAUUGUACAUGUUUGGGAAAAUAUCACACAACUUUAAAAAUGUUACAAAGAUGUAUGUAUCUGAUUUUUUCCUUUGGAAAAUAUUAUAUAUUUUUAUUUGUAUUUUUUACUUUUUUAAGUUCAUCUAUAUGUGCAGUUAUUUUUGUAUUGCGAGUGGUCUCAUAAAUGCAGUAGAGGAGAUAAAGUACAAAGAAAAGUAAUUUGGCAAGGAUUAAACUGCUCUGGGGGGGGACACAUAGGUCAGUACCACAUUAUCAAUCCUAUAAAUAUUUGGAGUGUCUUAGCCCUGUAAAUAUGUCACAAGUCCUCUGUUGAUGAAUUGCUUAAAGAAUUGCAAGGUUUUAAUCACCCAUUUUAAUUUGUUAUUAAUUACCACUUUAUUGUGGCCUCUGGUCCUCACUUAAUUGAACCUGAUCAAACAGCAUGCUUUUGUUUUUAUUAUUAAAAUUUCUCCUUGUUGUUUUUCAGUCGUAUGCUGUUUUGUUUUCCUUAGUUUUGUAUUUUGUUUCUUGCUGGUGAGAAGUUGAUCUUCAGAAUUAUUUUUACACUAUUUAUGAUUUAUUUUCAUAAUGUAAAAAGUGUGUAAUUAUUAAAAUAUCAAUUCAGUUAUUGGUGCCAAUUCGCAUAGUUAUAAAGUUCUUUCUGUUGCUGCAAAAAAUACGCUCUGGUUUGUCCACAAUGGAAAAAGUUUGUGCUGCAUUGCGCUAAUUUGCAGUUUGAAAUCUAGUGUGGGUUGUGUAAGUCAGUAUUCACAUUAGCACACAAAUCAGGGCCUUGGCAACAUGUUGUGUUUUUCUACAGUGCACAAUAAAAAGACCACUCACCUUGCUCUCCCAUUCUUGAUGUACAUGUGGCACUGAGGGACACGGUUAGCGGGCAUGGCAAGGAUGGCUCAAUGGUUGGACUAGAUGACCUUAGAGCUUUCUUCCAGUCUUAAUAGUUCUAUGAAUGUAUGUGUAUUCCCUUCAGAUCAAGUCUGUUUGGUCUCCUUUUCUUUUUCCAUAGGUUACAUAAGUCCACAAAAGUUAAAUGAGGAAAAGCAAGGGCCUUCUUUUGCGAACCAGAGAGCAUCUCCUCACUCUGGAAAAGCUGCUGAGGUUAAGUUUAAACUGCUGCUUAAGCAUUGUGGGGUCCAAAGAAAUAAAGCUGUAAGCUGAAAAUCACCAAUGGACCCUUUCUGUAAUAUUUAAGAUGAAAAAUAAACCUGAACUGCUGAGAAAUAGCUACACAAAGGGACUGUGUCACAAGCAACAGUACCCAUUAGGGAAUAUGAAGGUCUGGUCCGUUUUACUAUGAAUCUGCUUUGCUUAAAAAAGUUGAGGCAUAAACAUUAUUAAAAAAUGGUGUAUUUUCAAAAGCAUCCUGUUCUCGGAGGAUAUAUUUUUGCAGGAGUCUCUGAGCAAGGGACAUUUUUGGAAGAACAAAACAUUGGGCAGCAGCUGUAACCUCUUCAAAGCAUUAUUUAAAUGUUUGGGUCUUCUAAAUCUCCAAAUAUUUCAGACAA